GGCCUUCUAUAAACACCACUCCCACUUCGUCUUUCACUCAAACAACUCCAUAACCCACCGUCAUCAUGAAGGUCACAUAUGCAUUAACAGCUUUGAGCUUGCUCGGUGUAGCAAUUGCUCUCCCUACUCCAGUUGAAGAAAGAGAGGCACACGAUGCUGGAUACACUGUAGAGGCAAAGCGGGAUGCUCAGCCAGCUGAAGAGGCUACCAACUACUUCUAUGCUGUUCAGAAGAAGGAUGCUGUGCCAGAAGAAGCGUCCAAUAUCUUCUAUGCUGUCCAGAAACGAGAUGCCGAGCCAGCAGAAGAAGCUACCAACUAUUUCUAUGCUGUCCAGAAGAAGGAUGCCUUGCCAGAAGAAGCUUCCAAUAUCUUUUAUGCUGUCCAGAAACGAGAUGCCGAGCCAGAAGAGGCUGCCAACAUUUUCUAUGCUGUUCAAAAGAAGGAUGCCGUGCCAGAAGAAGCUUCCAAUAUCUUUUAUGCUGUUCAGAAGAAGGAUGCCGUGCCAGAAGAAGCAGCAACAAAUUGGUUCUAUGCGGUACAAAAGCGGGAUGCUGAGCCAGCAGAAGAAGCUACCAACUAUUUCUAUGCUGUCCAGAAGAAGGAUGCCGUGCCAGAAGAAGCUUCCAACAUUUUCUAUGCGGUACAAAAGAGGGAUGCUGAGCCAGCAGAAGAAGCGACCAACUUUUUUUAUGUUGUACAAUAGAAAAGUCUUUGCUCUGAGGAAAGAAGCCAGGGGUGUGUUUUUUUUUGCCACGGAAGGCGGGGCUUUGAGGAUGGUCUUUGAUGAAAUUAUGUCCAAAUGAAGAAUUUAAUGUAACUGAAUAGCCUUCAUGCACACUUGUCUAUUGCCACAUUAACUUGUAACACUGUCACUAAACCAAUGAUUUGUCACACUGUAGAAUCUUUAAUGAUGAGAUAUAGAA